GGUGUUCCUGGCAAUGUCUUGGUUUCGAGCGACUCCCGAGAUCCCCAGCCCUGGAGACCAGGACGUGUUUGAUGAGGAAGCAGACGAAUCUCUGUUAGUGCAGCGGGAAUGGCAGGAUCACAUGAGGAAACGAGUCCAAGAAGGUUACAGAGAUGGGAUAGAUGCUGGCAAAGCAGUAACCCUUCAACAGGGCUUCAAUCAAGGCUAUAAAGAGGGUGCCGAUGUCAUUUUAAACUACGGACUACUCAGGGGAACAUUGAGCGCUUUGCUUUCCUGGUGUCACCUUCAUGGUAAUAGUUCAACGCUGAUUGGCAAGAUAAAUAACCUUCUGGAUGCAGUUGGCCAGUGUGAAGAGUGUGUGAUCAAACAUCUGAAAUCAGUUACGUCACCGCCACACAUUACAGAUUUAUUGGACUCCAUUGAGGAUCUGGACCUUUGUCAUGUAGUCCCGCCUGAGAAAGCUGUUGAAGCAAGAGGUGACACUAGUGCUGACAUUAGCACAGAUGCUGACAGGAGUCCGAAUGGGAUGGAUUGUUCACAUCCAGAAUGUUGCAGAACACAAGAGCAUGCGCAUUUGGAAAAGCCAAGCCUCACUUGGAUUCUGGAACAGACAUCCAACUUGGUGAAACAGCUGGGAAUAUCAGUAGACAUAUUACAGCACCUGAGACAACUGUAAAAUUAUCUCCCCCUUUCCAGAGGAAGUAAUGCUCGGAGUAUUACUUAGAGCAUUGUGUUCUAGAUAAGGUAACCACUGAUUGAUUAAUUCCUGUGUGGAAUUAACACUAGUAAAUGAAAUGACAUUUGUCUUUGUCAUUGGUAAAUUGUCUAGUUUUAGAUACACUCAGUAAUCCUCAUUGUCAUUUUCAAAUUUCUAAUCAAAAUCAGUCGUUUUUGUACUAACAAGAACCAAACAUUUUAGAACAAGAAAAAAAACCUAAUGUUGCUUUCUGGUUUUGUUGGAAUUGGGUGGUUUGGGACCUCUUCACCAGCAAGUAAGCCAGAGUUGCCAGAAACAACCUGAAGGCUAGCAUAGAUAAGUAGAAGCAGAUCUAUAGAUAGCUAUACGUUAAAGUCAAGAGACUGUAGAAACUGACACAAUAUUUAUGUCAUUGAAUGAAUAAUAAAAAGCAAAGUACUAAAACACCUUAUUUACAUAUUAGCUAAAGUUGUUGAAUUUCAUGAAAAAUAGAAAAAAAUAUAGUUUGUACUAAACUGUAAAGAAAAGGAACUACUUAGUUUUCUAGGUAAUGAGGACUUGGCCAUAUUUUCUCAAAAUGUGACAAGCUAUUUCUGUCUGAACUGCAACUUUGCUUGUUAUUUACAUUAGAAUUUAAAAAAACAUUACUGCUUUGACACGAAAUAUAUAAUCUAGAAUAGACAGAGUCACAAUGAGAUUUUUGUUCCAUGACCCAGGAUCAGGAAAGGAGAUUUUUCAUCACUUUUUCCCACCUGCAGUUAUUAUGAAAUGCCUGACUUGAGAGCAGCCCAGAUAAUUGUCCCUUACUGACAGCAUCGGUUGCUAUCUAGCCAGUAUUUAGCUGUGCUGAAAGAUGCAUUCAUGAGAGACUGGCUGGAGAACCUUGUAAAGGAACAAUAUGUUCUGCAAGUUUCUUAAGUCCCUGUUUAAAAUGCACAGAACAUUAAGAAAUUGGAGUAGCAAAAUUUGAAAUAGUUUUGUAGGUAAACUAAUACAUGCUUUAAGAAUCAAAGAAACAUUUGAUGGCUGGGUUUUUAUUUUGAAACUUUGUGGUCCUUGGCUUUGAACCUAGGACCUCAUGAUCAGUUUCCAUAUUGAAAUCUCAAACCCACAGAAGUCUUUAAAGUGUCAGUGUUGCUCUAUACUGCAUUUUCCAUAGACAUAGUCAUCUCCAACAGUGUAACCAUUCUAAGAUUUGAGAGUAAUAAAUUUUGAGGUUUUAUCUAGACAUACCCUGAUAAGAUUCCCUAAAUAGAUGACCCCUUGCCGUCAUUAAUUGCAUAAAGUGCCCUAACACUAAAAGUCACAGAACAUGAAGUCAGGUAUUAGCUGGGGGAGCUAGAGAGGUGGUUCAGUGGUUAAAAGCAUUUGCUACACACCCAAUAUCCACUUAAAAGUUAAAUAUGGUCCCAAGCAUACAUUAACCCCAUACAUAAUGAAGAAUUGCAGGUACAUGCUGGCUUGCCCCAGAGAGAGUCUAUAGAAUGCCGAGUUACCCUGCCCUCAAGUUAUCUGAUUGGUAAAUAAAGAUGCCAAUAUCUGGGCAGAAGAAACAUAAAUGGGGUUUAGGUUUCACGGGCUUGGUGUUGGAAGAGAACCGUGAGGGGAAGGAGAGAGCAAAAAAGCUCGGUCCUGAGGACUGGCCGAUUGAAGUUAAAAGCAGCCCAAAUAAGACCUAAUAAAUAACUCAGGGUUUUCGAUAAAUAAAUUCUAACAUAGAAGAUAAUCAACUGCCCAGCUUUUAUACUGUUUAAGUCUUAUUAUAAAUAUGAAAAUUAUGUGUAGUUUUUAUAUUAAAAAAUGGUCUAAGGCAACAUAAAAACUCUUGAGACAUAAUUUCUACAACAUAGAGAUUGCUAAGAGGACCUCUGAUGCCCUCUAUCCUCUGUGUAUGCAUGCAAAGACGUAUACCCAUACACCACACACAAAAGGCGGGAACUCUUGCUUUUCCAAAGCUCUAAGUAGCUCCUGGACUACAGAUGGUAUGAUCAACCAGAAACAGUAAUGGAAACUACUUGACUCGGCCUUGCUUUCCAUGCUGAGCCAUCCAGGUCUCAUGAAAAGGCCCUAGUGAAUGUAAAGGGGAAGGCAAGAGUGCCCUGCGGCUGUGACAAGUUCAUGGCCAAGAGAUUGCAUCUGAAGUAAGUUACUUCUGGCACUGGCACAGCUAGAUCUUUUUAAGCAAAUGGGGAAGGGGGACCCUUUCCUGGCACGUAAGUCAUUAGAACUACUAAGGCCACCACAUUGUGAUUUGCAGACUGAGUAGACAGCUAAAUUCCUCUCCAAGCAUCAUCAUUUGCAGCCAUGCACCACUUGUUGGGAUGGAUUUUGAGAAGUAUGACCCCGGGGAGUUCCAUUGAACAAAUAUUAAAAAAUAUAAGGUGCUUAUGAUGUCACAAAGAGAUAGGACCGUAUGGGACCAUAUUGUGUCUGAACCUCAUUUUUGACUAAAACAUAACUGUGCGGCACUGUUUGCUAACUGCUUUCGUGGUAAACCCAGAUAAAGGCCAAGUUAUGAUUAUGAUCCUCCUCACUAUUCAAAGUAAGGUUACAGCUCUUAUUGCUUUGUGUUCUAGUCUAAGACCUAGGAGAAAAUAGUUAAUGGAUGUGUGUAUGUAGAUUGGAGUCUUUAACUUAUUUUUUUAAUUAUUCCCAAAUUUCAUUUGUAAAUGAAAUAAGCGUAAGCUGUUCAUAAACUACCUACCAAUAAAGACUUUGCUGUCCAGACAUCUCAAA